AUGAGAGCAACACCGUACGAGCUCCACGUGCUCGCUACGCCAGCGUCGACCGCCCGUCCGAGUGUGCUUACGCCCAACGACAUUUCGACAACUCCAAACGACGACGACGACGAGAACAAGCUACCGCCAACACCGUCGCUCGGGCUCAUUCUGGUCGCCAAUUUUCUCUUCAACGUUUCGUUCUACAUCAUUGUGCCCACGGCCACAUUGUACGCGCGGAGCCUCGGGGCCACGGACCUCUACUCGGGCCUCGUGAUUGGCGGCAUCACACUUACCUCGGCGCUGUCGCUCGUGCCACUUCAGCAUGUGCACUGCUUUCGCGACUACUACAUGCCGACGCUUCACCUCGCUGCAAGUACGCUUGUGCUCGGUCACCUCUUGUACGCACUCGCGCAUACGCUCGACUCGCUCGGGCUCCUGCUCGUCGGCCGGCUCGUCAACGGCCUUGGCUUCACGGGCUGGCUCUUUGUGAAGCGCUACUGUACCGACCCGCGACUCGUGGGCUACCGUCGCCGCACCAUGUGUGCCAACCUCCUCGUGGCAGCGCAGACGCUUGGUAUGGUCGGUGGGCCCUUGCUGGGCGCUCUCCUGGCAAAGUACGCGCCGGCGACCGGCCUGUGGAACGCUUUUACAGCGCCCGGGUGGCUCAUGGCGUUUGUCUGGCUCGUCUAUUGGCUCGUCGCUCGCAUCGCCAAACUAUCGCAUUUGGACCGUCGCCGCCGGUGGACCGUUCUGGCCAUGGCGCUCGGGUCGCCGACCAUUUUUUUCGAGCUCGGCGCGUGGGAGUCGAACAUUCCGGUUUUCAUUGACGCUGCGUGGGCGUGGACGAGCUUUGAUGCGGGCGUCUUGAUUGCGAUUGGUGGAUUUGCGAGCUUUGGACUGAUUUUACCGCUUUCGUUUUACACGAAGAGGUGUCCCGACCGCCUCGUGCUCGCGGCUGCGUUUGGGCUUGCGCUCGCCGGUACGCUCGUGCACCAAUGUACGCUGGUGCACCCGACACCGGGAACUCUCGGCCUCAGCUGGUUCCUCGUUUGCUGGGGCAUGAACCUUGGGUCCACGAUCACACUCUCGCUUUUGACCAAAACUCUGCCCGAUGCGCUCUCGGACAAGGCCGCGAUCGUCAUUCAGCUUUCCAACUACUCGGGUCGACUCACGGGCGCCAUGUGGGGCACCGCGGGCAGCGUCGUCGGCGGCGACUACGUCGUUGGGCUUGGGAACCUGGGCCUUUUGUUCGUGAGCACGGCGCUCUUGGUGCGCGUAUGGCGCUCCCUGGACGCCCCCACGGGCUAA